CUCUGUCCUCCUGGUGGAUCAGCCGCUCCGUUCAGAGCAGGUUCGGUGAAAGUAUCCUCCUUCAACGUUGAUCUUAUUUUAUUUUAACGGUUCGCAGACAGAUUAACGUCGGUUCCGGAGUUUCCCUGACCGUUCGGAAAGUCCGAUCGGCUUUAACUCUCUCUCUCCCUCCCUCCCGCGGGCCGGCGCGUGCGCUAAGUUUCCUUCCUCCUUUCAUUCAUGUUCAUCUACAAACUCAGCAGAUGCUAACGCACGCGGUGCUAAGCAGCUACUGCGUCAUUAAAGUAGAUGUGUGUAGCAUCAGGCCGAUGAGGGGCUUUAAGGCUUUAGUGCGUUCCGUCUGGAGAACGAGGCGAAUCAAGGAGUUUUAAUCUGCAUCAAAACAAAGAUGGCAGCCCGCGUGUUUGGCGUCUGCGCCUAAAGAAAAGUGCUGCUCAGCAACCCCCCCCCAUGGAUCAGGCAGGAGCCCCUCAGGGCCCGGCUCCAAGCCGGAGCUCCUCCAGCUCUCCGUCAAGGACCCCCCCGGUUUUAAAGCAGCCCAGACCUGAGAGCAGUCAGAGGUUGUCCGUGACGCCCUUCCACCGCUCGGCUGUGAUCGGCAGCGAUGCAGCUCAGUACAGAAAACGGAUGGCGGGAAAACCGUUGGCGUCUCUGGGAGGUCCGUUUCUGGGCGCUCCUGGAAGUGUGGCGGCUCCUCUGAGAGGAUCCCCUCCGAGCUCUUCCACCUCCCCCUGUGCCUCCACGGACCCCCAAAGGGAAGGUUCGGAGAAACCAAACGCCGGCUCAGGUUCUGCACAGAAGCCAGGAACCCCACUGCAGGCCCUGAAGUCAUUUGUGACGGACACAGAGACGCCUGAACCGUUGUCCAACGUCCCACUGCCUCAUGGCCCAAAACGCAAAGAGGGCGGAGCUUCCACUGUCAGAGCUCCGGCGGCCGUGAAGAAGAAGAAGAGGAAAAUGGGAAUGUACAACCUGGUUCCCAAGAAAAAGACCAAGGCGGUUAAACCCCACGAGAAGAAAGUAGAGAAGAAAACGUCUGGAGCCAAAGAGGCGGCUGAGACUAAAGCGAACACUGGAAAGGCUGCAGAACAUUCAGCUGCCGUGGGUGUGGAGCGGGCGGAGCGGGUGGAGGCCAGCCUGGCUGAAUACACGGAGCUGGCUCUGGACUGCCUGGACCUGAAGGCCCAGGAGGAGCUCCUCUCACCUCCUCCUUCAGGAGCUGCAGGAGGUUCCCUGGAGACGGAAGCGCUCCUGGCUGAGGAGUUACCUCUGUGCUGCUGUCGAAUGGAGACUCCCAACAGUACGGCAAGCCCGUCCACACUGGAUCAAACCUGCAUGGCAACCGAGAGCGCCGACGGAGUGCUGAGUCAGUGUCAGAGGCAGGUGAUGAAGCUGGAAAUGAUGCGACCCUCCAACAUGGUCCACCUGCUGGUUCUGUGUGAGGACCACCGGGCCGGCAUGGUCAAGCACCAGUGCUGCCCCGGCUGUGGGCUCUUCUGCAGGGCGGGUUCCUACAUGGAGUGUCGGCCGUACGGCAGCAUCUCCCAUCGCUUCCACCGGGGCUGCGCCUCUGUCCUGAAGGGCCACAGGUUUUGUCCCCACUGUGGAGAGGACGCUACAGGGGCCAGGGAGGUCUUCGUGCCAAAGGCCGAGCCGGAGGCCUCCGUACCCAGAAGCAACCCGGGCCCGUCGCUCCCCGCAGUGGCAAGCCUGCCCUCCAUCCCAGCCACGCCCGCCGUCCCUCAGGUACUCAGAGCCAAGAAGAGCAGUGAUCUGCAGAGGAGACAGGACAGCCCCAGCAGGUUGCUGGACGAGGCCACAGAAAAGCUUCCAAAGGAGACGCUGGAGAGCAUUCUGAUGGCUCUAGAUGACCAGAACCUGAAACCAAAGAGUGUGAAGUUCCCUGCCCGGCAGCUGUAUCUGUCUGCAAAGCAGGGAGACCUGCAGAAGGUCAUCCAGCUCUUAGUCGAUGGGAAGGAUCCCAACUUCAUGAUGGAGGCCAAGAGCAGACGCACCCCCCUUCACGCCGCGGCCGCUGGGGGUCACCAGGAGAUCUGCCACAUGCUGGUCCAGGCCGGAGCCAACAUCGACGUGUUUGAUAAGGAGCAUCGGACGCCGCUGAUGUCUGCCUGUGAAAACAACCACCUGGACACGGUGAAGUACCUGCUGCGGGCUGGGGCCGCCGUCAAUCACAAGGACCUGAUGGGCUUCACUUGCCUGCAUCUGGCAGCUAAACUGGGACAUCAUGACGUUGUCCAUCAUCUGGUCUCCAAAACCUCCAAAUACAUCAACUGUCAGGAUGACGGAGGAUGGACUCCCAUCACCUGGGCCAUCGAGUACAAGUUCAGGGAGCUGGUCCUGCUGCUCCUGGCUAAAGGUGCUGAUGUCAACAUCAGAGACAAGGAGGAGAACGUCUGCCUUCACUGGGCGGCGUUAUCGGGCUGCGUCGACAUAGCCCAGGCUCUGCUGGAGGCGCGCUGCGACCUGAACGCCGUCAACAUCCACGGGGACACGCCCCUUCACGUUGCUGCCAGAGAAAACCACCUGGACUGUGUGAUACUGUUCCUGUCCCGAGGAGCGGACGUCUCCCUGACGAACAAGGAGGGGGACACGGCUCUGGACUGCUGCCCCGGCGGCUCCAAGGUUUGGACGGCCCUCAACACCAACAAGAAGCUGACCGAAGCCAGGAGAGGCCGGGAGAGGCAGGGAGAGCGGCUGCUCUGCAGGGACAUUUCUCGGGGUUACGAGGCCGUUCCCAUAACCUGCGUCAACGGAGUCGACAGCGAGCCGUGUCCCGACAACUUCAAGUACGUCCCAGACAGCUGCGUCACCUCCCCCCUAAACAUCGACAACGACAUCACUCGUUUGCAGCACUGCAGCUGCGCAGACGACUGCUCCUCCAGCUCCUGCAUGUGCGCACAGCUCAGCCUGAGGUGUUGGUACGACAGCGACGGCCGUCUGCCUCUGGACUUCUGCCAGUUUGAGCCCCCGGUUCUGUUCGAGUGUAACCACGCCUGUUCCUGCUGGAGGUCCUGCAGGAACCGUGUGGUUCAGAAUGGACUCAGAGUUCGCCUGCAGCUCUUCAGGACGGAGAAGAUGGGCUGGGGGGUCCGCGCCCUGCAGGAUGUUCCUCAGGGAGCGUUCGUCUGCGAGUACGUGGGCGAGAUCAUCCGCGACACCGAGGCCGACAAAAGAGAGAGCGACUCUUUCCUCUUCACUCUCGACAACAAGGUGGGAGACACCCACUGCAUCGACGCCAAGUCCUUCGGCAACAUCGGCCGCUUCCUGAACCACCUGUGCGAGCCCAACCUGCUGGCCGUGCGGGUGUUCACCACGCACCAGGACCUGCGCUUCCCCAGGAUUGCCUUCUUCUCCAGCCGGCCCAUCAGAGCUGGGGAGCAGAUCGGGAUCGACUAUGGAGAAAACUACUGGAGGGUGAAGAGCAAAUACUUCAGCUGCCAGUGUGGCUCAGUGAAGUGUCGCUACUCAGCCGCUGGCAGAUAAAAGACACCAGUGAGCUUAAAAAUCCCUGUUUUAAGUUUUAUGAUGAUGCAUCAGUGAGGAAGUGAAGGAUUUUUUUAUCGUAUCUGAUGAAUAAAAAGCCUUUAGAAGUG